AUGGCCAUUGGAGAGAUCUUUUUGGGUUCCUUCUUUCAAGUCCUGCUCGACAAGUUGGCUUCUAUGGGAUUGGAAUACACGCAUCAGGAAGGAAUCAACACCACCCUGCUCCAAUGUAAGGGGAUGUUAGAAACAAUCAAUUCAGUGCUUGAUGAUGCAGAAGACAAGCAACUCAACGGUGACUAUCUAGUGAAGCCAUGGCUGGAUGACGUUAGGGACUUGGCCUAUGACAUGGAAGACUUGCUCGAGGAGUUCGAGAUUGAAGCUGCUCAAGCCAAGUCGAAGGCAGAAUCCAGCACAAGCAGAGGUCAGGUGAAAAGGAAGUUCUCUUUCUUUAGCCGACUGCGCUCUCUCGUGUCUAAAACCAAGUUACAAGAGAUCAAAGGCAGGUUUGAAGAUAUCAUCAGUAGGAAGGCUCCCUUAAGCUUGAGAGAGAAGGUUGUGGACAGAUCUCACUACACCAACAAAAGGCUCCCUAGCACUUCUCUACCGGAGCCUCGGUUUUUUGGUAGGGAGAAGGAAAAAGCAGAGAUACUCAAACUACUAACCAAUGAAGCCAAAAAUGCCGAUAGCACACUGAGCAUAUUCUCCAUAAUUGGGAUGGGCGGUGUUGGAAAGACGGCUUUGGCUCAACAGGUGUAUAAUGAUGCCAAAGCGAGUAGUUAUUUCGAGAAGAGAGCAUGGGUAUGUGUUUCAGAUGUUUUUAAUGUUCUCGAUAUAACAAAGACUAUUUUGCAGUCCAUCACCGAAGAUCCUUGCAAGGACAAAGAUCUUAACAAGAUUCAAAUAAAGUUGAAGGAUAAUUUAUACAGAAAGAAGUUUCUUGUGGUCUUAGAUGAUGUUUGGAAUGAGAAGUACGAAGAAUGGACUUCCCUCUUAAAGCCAUUUGAAGCAGGGGCUAAGGGAAGCAAGAUCAUCAUCACGACGCGCAACCAUCCUGUCAUUUCCAUAACAGGAGCUACGCCAUAUCCUUUGAGGGAGUUGUCCAUUGAUAAUUGUACCAGCUUAUUAGCCUAUCAUGCUUUGGAAGCAAGAAAUUUUGAGACGCACCCAGAUUUGGAAAUAGUAGGCAAGAAAAUAGUUGAAAAAUGUAGAGGUUUACCUUUGGCAGUGAAGAUAUUGGGCGGUCUCCUACGUAAUAAAGAGAAUCUUGACGAAUGGGAAGCUAUCUUAAAUAACAAAAUAUGGGACAUAGCACCCGGAGAAAAUGAUGAGGUUCUUCCAGCUUUGAAAUUGAGCUAUGUCCAUCUCCCUUCUUAUUUGAAGAGAUGUUUUGCUUAUUGCGCAGUAUUUCCAAAUGACUACGAAUUUGAGAGGGAUGAGUUGGUGCUCUUAUGGAUAGCGGAGGGCUUUUUAAAUGGUCGAAAAGCAAAAGAGAAUAUCUUGAGAUCAGGACAGAAAUACUUUGAUGAGUUAGUAUCUACAUCCUUUCUUCAACAAUCUAAUAUUGACACAUCGAAGUUUUUGAUGCAUGAUAUUUUGAAUGAUCUAGCAAAGUCAAUUGCUGAUAAGACAUGCUUUACCUCUGGGGAGUCUCAGGUAGUGAGUGUUGAAAAUGAUCCCCCUUUUGAAGAGAAAGCUCGUUAUGCAUCAUUUGUCUCACAAUAUGUUACAUCAAAAAGCUUGAGAGCAUAUGCUACAAUGAAGAUUGUCCUAAUGUCAUAUCGCUUCCACCACUUGGACAGCUACCUUCACUUAGAGAAUUAUCUCUUGAAGGUUUACAUGCAAAGCUUAUUGAACUCUGAGGAUUGGAGGCCUUACCCUGCUGAUCAAGGUGUGAGAGACAUCAGCAGGAAGUCUGGUUUUGUGCUCUUCGACAGCUCUUCUAAAACUGCUUUUCUGGAUGCUGAUGGAAGUGUUCCUUUCUUCUGGGGAAUCGAUUCUGGAGGCAGUCUUGUUCUCUCGGAUGACGCAGAAGUCGUGAAGAUGGGCUUUGGGAAGUCUUUCGCACCAUUCCCUAAAGGUAAGUAUCUUUUUGGUUUGUUGAUGUGGCUCCACUGGAGUUCAGUCCAUGCAUUGCAAUGUGAAAAGAUGCUACUUCACCAGCUCUGGAGGUUUGUGAAUUAUGAGCACCCACCGAAUGAGGUGAAGCUGGUUCCUAGGGUGGACAGCUCUGGCCACGUGUGUGGCGCCACAUUCAAAGUGGAUGCGGAGACUAAGGACUCCAGCAUGCCUAGAGUUGGGAGUGCUGCGAACUAG